AUGUCUGUCUUCUACUACGAACCUUUCUACAACUGGGACCGCUUCUUGGACCAAGCAUUGGGCUCCAGCGCAGCUAGUGGUUAUCACACCAUGCAGCAACGCUUGGCUGAAGGUUCCCACGGCGAAAUACAAAGGUUCUUGAAACCCAGGCAUGUCGGUUGUCUUGUCACGGGUCAUUCAUUAUAUGCUCACUAUUUGGUUAGGAUGGAUCUUCACGAGGAUCCUUCCACCAAUACCGUCACCGCUACCUUCGAAUUCCCCGGUUUGUCGAAGGACGAAAUAUCCAUCGACGUCCACGACGGGCGCCUGACCGUUUCAGCUGAGAGUAAGAUCUCAGAGGAACACGAGAAGGAUGGCUAUGCAGUCCGGGAACGCCGGUAUGGGAAGUUUGCUAGGACACUGCAGCUUCCUCGCGGUGUAAAUGACGAGGAAAUCAAGGCCUCGACGCUGGACGGGGUGCUCACGGUGACGUUCCCGAAGGUUGGGACCGAAGCUCCUGGGCCGAAGAAAAUUUCCAUUGCUUGA